GAGAGAGAGAGAGAGUGAGUGUGUGUGUGUGUGUGUGUGUGUGUGAAAGCAGCUCCUGUCUCGCGCCGGUCUCGUCUCGCGCUCCGGACCCGGAUGUUAAAGCUCGCCCUGUAGCUUUUAUUAAUAAAGAUUUAAACAUAAGAAGCAGUUUAAUGUUUAAAGGAAGCGGCGCGUGUCACGCUGAACAAACCGGAAGUGGAUUAAACUAAAAGAAGAAACGAUGACUUGAUGUGUGGAGACAGAGAGUAGAGAGAGAGAGAAGGAUGGAGAGAACAGAUGGAGUGAGAGUGGAGCAGCAGCAGGCAUGGGGGAAACUGGUACGAGUCGGAGCGUCGACAGAAUCAGCGCUCACCCUGUUACUGGUCAAUAAAGAGUGUACUGUGGGGCGGAGGAAAGGCUGUGAUUUGUCGUUUCCUGCCAGUAAACUGGUGUCAGGUGACCACUGUAAAAUCACACAGGAUCAGGGGUCAGGACAGGUGUGGCUCGAGGACACCAGCACUAAUGGGACGGUGAUAAACAUGUCCAAACUGGUGAAGAGACAGAGCCACUUACUGCAGAGCGGCGAUGUUAUCUACUUUGUGUACAGGAAGAGUGAACCUGAGCAGAACAUUGCAUAUGUGUAUCACUCAAUGACUCCUUCACACUCAGACUCUCAGGAUACUGAAGAGUUAAACUCUUCAGAGCUGAUGGAGAGGAUCGAUCCGGAUGUUGAUCCCGCUCCUGUGGAACCUGUUACACUCCCAUUCGUACCACAGGAGAUGAAGAUCAGACCUGCCUUUGAGGAAUCUCAACCAUCUACAUCCUACAACAUCGCCAAGACAACAACACACACUGGAACAGGGUUUAGUGAGGUGAGGUCAGUACAGUCUUCAGUGAAGCGCCCGGAUGGAGAGAGUGAGAUAGACGAGUGUGUGCAGCCUGAGAGGAAGAGACAGAAAACAGAUGAUCCGUACGUGGUUUAUCCGGCUGUGGGAGAACCUCACACUCCUGCAGAACUUCCUAAAUCCGGGAAGGACAGAGGAAAAGGAAUCAAAGCGGAUAAAAUGGAGGAAUCUCUCACCUGCAUCAUCUGUCAGGAUUUGCUGUAUGACUGUGUCAGUCUGCAGCCCUGUAUGCACACGUUCUGUGCAGCUUGUUACUCUGGGUGGAUGGAGCGUUCCUCUCUCUGUCCCACCUGCCGCUGUCCAGUGGAGAGAAUUCGCAAAAACCACAUCCUCAACAACCUGGUUGAGGCAUACCUGCUUCAGCACCCUGAGAAGUGCCGCAGUGAGGAGGACAUACGCAGCAUGGACGCUCGUAACAAGAUCACGCAGGACAUGCUGCAGCCCAAAGUGGAGCGAUAUUUCUCUGAUGAAGAAGGAAGCUCUGAUUAUCUGUUUGAACUGUCUGAUAACGACAGCGACACGUCUGAUCUCAGUCAGCCAUACAUGACGUGCAGACAGUGUCCGGGAUAUAAAAAGGACUUUAGCCCCGCCCCCUGGAUCUGCGGCUCCACCGGUGACACGGGUCCGACACCUGGAGACGGACCGUCCACAUCCUCAGACACCUGCACAGCUCAGGAGUUCACCUGUCCCUCUCAUGGCAGUCACCUGAUCUGCACCUGCUGUUUACAGCCAAUGCCUGAUCGCAGAGCAGAGCAUGUUGGCACAAACUCCUCCCCCCAGCACUGUUUGGUGUGUCAGAGGCCAUUCUGUCACCUGUACUGGGGCUGCCAGCGAAUCGGGUGUCAGGGCUGCUUGGCACGCUUUAGGGAUCUGAAUCUGACCGAUAAAUGUCUGGACGGUGUCCUCAACAACAACCACUACGAGUCUGAAAUCCUGCAGAAUUAUUUGAGUUCCAGAGGAAAGACGUGGAAGGAGAUGCUGCAGGAGGCGCUACAGAGCAUGCAGCAAGGCCUCUACCACCUGUCAGAUUACCGUAUCAAUGGGAACUCCUUCCUGUGUUACUGCUGUGGACUUCGCUUCUUUAAAGAGCUUGCGUAUGCCUACAGAGCUAAUGUUCCUGGUGCUGAGCUACCAGCUGCAGUGACGGUCAGACCGGAUUGUUAUUGGGGUCGUAAUUGCAGAACGCAGAUUAAAGCUCAUCAUGCCAUGAAAUUUAACCACAUAUGUGAGCAGACACGCUUUAAGAACUGAGGCUGUGUUCUGGAUGGUGAUGUCACAGCUCUGGAUAUAUAUAUAUAUAUAUAUAUAUAUAUAUAUAUAUAUAUAUAUAUAUAUAUAUAUAUAUAUAUAUAUAUAUAUAUAAUAUUCUAAUCUUGGUGUUUAACGAUAUGCAAAUCAAAUCAGUUUUGAGGGGAAGAGACUGACGGCGCUUUGUAAUAGAUAGUUUGUAGUUGUUAAUCUGCACUUUCUCAUGGUGUGAUACCAGCAGUCAGACCCGUACCAUACCGCGACUGCGUGAAGGCGGAGCUGUCAUUAAUCAACACUUAAUUAAAUUUUGUGCCUAAUGAGCAUGUGCUGAUUUCAUAUAUAAUCACUUCACUACCAGUUAUCAUGAUCGUUAUUACACUAAUUAUCUUCAUUGUUUCCUGGUUUGAGAUUCAGCUUUGCUAUGCGGUUACUUCUCGUGAUGUUGCCUGUUAAAUAUCACAUGUAAUAUCUCUCAGAAACUUCAGUUAUCUCUCAGAAAUCUCAUUUAUUUCUCAGAAAUCUGUUGUCUCAGAAAUUGGCUUCCAGUCUGAAUCUCGAGCUUCCACUGGAUUUUUCUUUUCUUUUUUUUGCUGUAAUUAUUUUCCUGACUAUAUUAUCACUCAGUAUUUGUGUUAGAUCAGUUUUUCUCUGUCUCUCAGAUCAGAUAGCAGUCGUGCGCACAUGUCCAUCUUAUCUAUCCUAUGCAUGAGAACAGGCUAAAACAGUCAGGUAUUUCUAACACACACACACACACACACACAUUACUCAUCACCUCAGUCAGCUGCUGCUUUCACGUUCUCCUGCUCUGGAGCUAAAAGCCCAUGCAGGUCGCCAUAUUUCCUCCUUAUUUCCUCUUUAGUGAUGAUGAGUAAGGGCUAUUAGGAGUCAGUACUUAACCCAGGUCUCUUUAGGACUGCUGUGUGUUCAGGUAAAGCCAUGUGAGAGUAGAGUUUAGUGAUGAUGCACUCACUACCAUCCAGAGUAUCCUGAACCUGCACUAUUCUUCUAUAAAGUGGAGUAUAUCAGUGUGAUCAGUGCAACAUAAAAUAACCACUGUAAAAGUUUUAGUAGAGUUAUUACACACCCUGUGGUCUAGUGUUUGGGACGAAGCCUCGACUUAAAAAAGGCAGAUCGAUUCCCACACCAUUGCACUCGACUUUUCUUUUUUGGAUCUCUUCUGCGUCUUAUUAUUAUUAUUAUUAUUAUUGUUGUUGUUGUUGUUGUUGUUGUACUUUAAUACUACUUGUGGAUGGCUGCAGGAAAAGCAGUGACCAGCAGAAGUAUAUCUGCCCUGUGCUACAGUAAUGAGGUGAGGUGAUGAUGAUGAAUUACUCCAAAGCCUUAUAUUAUUAUACAGCAUCCUGUACAGCAAUAACACAACUGUACUAAAUCAUGCAAUACAGUUACUGUCCCACAGUAUAUACUGGACUCUGACUCUUCUGCUGUAGAAUAUAAUACUCAUGUUAUCAAACUACACUGACCAGGCAUAACAUUAUGACCGCCUGCCUAAUGUUGUCAGUCCCCCUUUUGCUGCCCAAACAGCCCUGACCCGUGUAUUCUGACACCUUUCCAUCAUUAACUAAUAAAAUGAAAUAAUUAUCUUUCUAGCAUUAACUUCUUCAGCAAUACUGACCACUGCAGACCGGGAACACCCCACAAGAGCUGCAGUUUUGGAGAUGCUCUGAUCCAGUGGUCUAGCCAUCACAAUUUGGCCCUUUUGGUCAAACUCGCUCAAAUCCUUACGCUUGUCCAUUUUUCCUGCUUCUAACAUCAACUUUGAGGACAAAAUGUUGACUUGCUCCCACCCACUAACUGACCCUCAGUAUCAUGUUCAGCUCAGGUCUGUGAGUCCGUCCUGUUACUAAUCCACACUAUAAUGUGAGUCCAUGCCUCAUAGCAUACUGUGCUCUUACUGUUUCUGCACCAGCCUGGAGUUUUCAGCCAGACUACCAUAAGGUGACAGGAAACAGGAAGCAGAUUUAAAUUUGCCUCUACAGAAGUAGCAGAGGUAUAUUUUCUGUGUGCUGACUAAAUGGAGAAAGCGUUGCGCUAUCAAUAAUACAAUCAUGACGAAGCCGGUCAUUUUUAUCCCCUGUGACCGGUGUGAAUCUUUUCAGCCUUAUUCGAACUCUUUUCUUUCGCUCUAAUGUUGCACUUGAGAAGCCGGUAAGUCUGAGUAUUCAGUAUUAAACACUUUGAGGCCUUAAGCAUUCAGUCCUACAAAAAUAAACUGGUGUAUCAGUCUUUGUUUGUCUGCUUUGUGUGUAAACAGAUCUGUAGAGGAGUUUGAUAUUUGUUAAGAAUAAAAAUACCUACAGCAUGAUUAAAGGUUUCUGUAACCCCCAGAGAUCCACCAGUUCUGUCCACUACUCAGAACAGGAUUCCACUCUUAUUUGGUCAUCUUAGCCGGUAGUUAUCGAGUCGUUCCCACCGAGCAGAGUCUAGUGAAAGCUAAGAUCAGCUGAUUAUACAGGUGGACUCGGGCUGCUUGAUUGGAACAAAAACCCACACUGCCCUGUGUGGAUAAGACUGGACAGGAAGGAAGUGUGUUCCUUAUGUAUUGGAAUAAAUUGGUCAAGUCUGCAUGAUAAUUGGUUAAAGGCCACACUGGGCAUAAAUCCAGGUCUAUUCAGCUGCGUGGACAUUAGGGAGUUUUGGAGUAUCCAUUUGGGAUUGAACAGAGCUUUGUAUUCAGAUGAAGGAAACUGUCCACAUAAUAAUGACAUUUAUUACACUUAGAGUUAAAAAGGUUUCGCUCUCAUUCUACCUCAUCCCAGCUGGAGCAAUAGGGUGAAGGAGAAUCUCUGUAAACUGUUCAGGUGCUUGAACUAUGUGAGUUAAAGGCCUUGAGGAGACGUUGUGCCUCAGUGUAUUAGACUAAUGUUCUGUAGAUGUCUACUAUAUUGUUUACUGCAGUAAUAAAAAUGAUCAAAAUAAAAUGUGUCUUUGUGUAAAACAAAUUACAAAAUUAUUAAAAAUCUAAACAAUCACUGUUCAAUAACACACUAAUACACUCCUACAUCAAACACCAACAACUAGACAUGACCCUGACCUGGCCAGUGUUCGGUCAUUUACUACUUUAACCAGCGCUGUCUCUCUGCAGUAGCUCUGAGGUGUGAUGGUCAGUAGCAGGUGUUUGGACCGUUUCUGUCUCGAUCUCACUAACCUGUGGUGUAAAUAUUAAGAGCCGAGAAAGUCAAAUUUUCAUCUUAAAAUGUGGAAGUGAACGAUUUCCAAGCUUUCCAUGGGUCCAUGACAGACAGGAGAACACUGGAUUUUUUCCAGUCACACUUUACAACUUCAGUCAGUUGCUUUACAGGAUGUCUUGCACAUUCAUUAUGUACAAAAUGUAGCUGCUAGAUUUACUGCAAUAGGUUUGUAACGUAAGACACAGUCUGGCCCAGUGUCCAGCAGAUUCCAGUAUAUUUUAUUGACUGUCAGAAAUGGCCUCAACAGCCUCGCAUCUCAGCUUUAGAGUGUGACGUUCAGACCAAACUUGUGAUCCUGUUUAAAGCUCGAUCCCACUGACCACCACCGAGAAGUUGGAGAAGCUCUGAGACCUAAACUUUCACCUGAAAAACACUAAGGCUAGAACCUCUUGGAGUUUUGUACAGUCCAGGACGGAGAGAAGAGUAGUGUCAGCACUGACUCCUCCCACCCCGAGUGGAAUUAAAGAGUCUUGUGGCAUGGGGGAGGAACGACCUCCUCAGUCUGUCAGUGGAGCAGGGCAGUGACAGCAACCGGUCACUGAAGCUGCUUCUCUGUCUGGAGAUGAUGUUGUACAGUAGAUGCAGUGGAUUGUCCAUGAUGGACAGGAGCCUGCUCAGCAUCCUCCUCUCUGCCACUGAUGUCAGACUGUCCAGUUCUGAGCCCACAAUCGAGCCCGCCUUCCUCACCAGCUUGUCCAGAUGUGAGGCGUCCCAGCACACUGCAGAGUAGAAGAGGGCACUCGCCACAACAGUCUGAUAGAACAUCUGCAUCUUCCCCAAAUUCAGACUGUGGGUUUCAGGGGUGAAGAUACAGACAGCAUCAUGUUUAAUUCUGGACCAUCACACUCCAGACACACAGAGAUCUGAGGCUCUGUUUACGAUUUCUCCAAAAUUUAAAUCGACUGAAAUUCGUCAUUUUGAAAAUGUUCAGACUAUUCUAUUGAAACGUCAACAUUCUGUUUUGCAUUAAUAAAAAUACUUUAAUAAAAGUUAGAAAGUCUUUUUGUAGAAAUAACACACUGUUAUAAUCACACAUCAAACUGUACUCUAACUUCUAACUUCACUGUUUUUCCUUCACUGUUGUCCAGAUUUAUCUUUAUACACUGUUAAUCUAGUCCUAAUUUUACAGUUCCAUGAACUCUAGCAGGUCUUUUUCUAUGUUAUGAAACUGAUAGAAUUUCUGUUAAGAAACAUACUGGAACUUCCUGGACACUGGUCUUCAGAUCUCCAUUCUGAAGUUUGAUGAAGUUUUCUUCUCCCCAUCCCGAGGCAUACAGAGACUGUGCCGGCUCCAGUGGCAUCCGGAGAUGGACCGGCUCCAGCCGGGUUCUGCUUGUGAGGAUUGGGAUAUUCAAGCAGCGCUGUGGACAACAACCUCCUUAUUGAUUUACAUAACACUAUACACAUGCUGUAUCUGCAUCACACAAUUGUCACCCAAAUGAGGAGGGGUUCCCUUUUGAGUCUGGUUCCUCUCAAGGUUUCUUCCUCUUACCAUCUAAGGGAGUUUUUCCUUGCCACAGUCGCCUCAGUCACCUCAGGCUUGCUCACUUGGGAUAACAUCUAGGACUGUCUGUCUGUCUGUCUGUUCAUGUUUGUUGUUUUCUUAUGUCGUUUCUCAUGUAAAGCUGCUUUGACACAAUGCUCUUUGUUAAAAGUGCUAUACAAAUA